CUUUAGUGAAAGUCAUAUGAUAUCUUCAAAUGGGACUAGUUCAUCUUUGUCACUGUUUCAUUCAGAAGUAAAGAAAAUUUUUCCAAGCCAUGGAGGGUAUCCAGAAAAUGAACAUGAAACAAUACAAUUUUCAUCCAAGAACUUAUUUUCAAUAAUGAAAACCAACAAAAAUAAAAAUUUAGUAUUUUCUUCUGACUUUAACUUUUCAAGAAGUUCUAGAAUCACUGUAGAAAGUGAAGAUAUCGAUGUGGCACCAUGCCCUUCUGCCCACUUAUUUCUUUCUAGGGACCAAGUCAGACUUCUGGAAGAAAAUGUGAGAAAUCAAAUUGCUCUGAAAUCUAAAACUACAUUAGAGAAUAAAAUUACUUAUCUGUACUCAAGACUUCAAGAAUCCUUGAUCCAGAAUCAACGUUCUGUUAGAAUGGGUAUUUCUGCCCAACCACAAGAUUCUUUUUCAGGACAGAAUCCUCCUCAGAAUCAAGAUUUUUAUGAAACCAGAUUUGCUAGUCAAGCCCAACAAUUUGUUAACAACCAAGAAUCAAUUAAUAGCCAGCCUGAUAUCAUGGCCAGAUACUUUGUGCUACCUCAGGAUUUGAUAAGGAAGCCAUUUUCCAGCAGCAUGCAAGACUCCUCCCAGACCCAAGAUAUGGACAGAAACCAACAUUUGGUCGACGUCUCAUAUUCUGUUGAGACUCAAGAUUCAAUCAAGGGCCAAGAGUCUGAUAAACACUUCAGUGAGGCCCAGUAUUCUGUUUGGCUUAAAGAUUCAAACAAGAUUAAAUAUUUAAUGAAGGGGCAAAAUGCUAUUUUUAAGAAUGCCAGAUUUCUAGUUUUAACUCUAAGUCCAGAUUCACUUGCAGAAGGGGUGCUGCAGAUGAAGAGUGUAAAGCCAGGGGGACAGAAACAAAUCGCUUCGUCAGAAUUAAGUCAGUAUUCUGUAUAUGGCUCGGGGCUUCUUCCACCUAUCCUUAAAAGGCAGAAAAACAGGAGAAAAGCAUUACACAGUACGAGUAAACUUAGUCUCAAAGUUCCAUCUCGAAAGUCAAAGAAAACACCAACUCCAUGGGUAUUUCAAAUGACAGUAUGUCACACUUCAAACCUAGCAAGUUUAGAAUGCACGCGUAUGCUGAGGAGAAAGAAUCACAUCAAAGGAAAGGUAGAUCAGACACGGCUUUGCAUCUUACUUAUGUUUCCAAGCUUAUUCCUCCCUAUGUUAGGAAGUAUUCCAGAAAAAAACUAGUGAAAGUCAUGCCAGGUGUAACAG